GUGCGGGGACCAGAGGAAUAUUAUUCUUGUUCUCUGCCAGACUUGGAAGACUUGAAAGCUGAACUUUGCAAGCGACUGAGGCCUGUUAGUUCACGGAAAACGCCAUGAGAUUCCCCCCGCAACUCCUGGGUCUCCUGUUUCUGGCAACGGGAAUGACGGUAGCCGCUGCUAAAAGAUUUCAGGAUGUGAUGAGCCGUGGAAGAGGCCCUACUUAUGGAAGGCACCAUAACCAGCUGGAGGACUGGUCUUCUGACCAAAAUCAAUGGGAUGAAAAACUCUACCCAUUCUGGAAAGAAGGAGACCCCCGAUGGAACAACUGCUGGAAGGGCGGGCGUGUUCAGGCCAUCCUGACAAGUGACUCUCCUGCCCUGGUGGGCUCAAAGGUGACAUUUACAGUGACCCUCAAGUAUCCCAGAUGCCAGGAAGAAGAUGAGUUUGGCAACAUAGUAUAUGAGAAGAGUUGCAGAAAUGGCUCGUCUCCUGACCCCUAUGUUUACAACUGGACCGCAUGGAUAGAUGACAGUGGCAAGAGAAACCCCACCAACAAGAGCGAUCACAAUGUAUUUCCUGAUGGGAGGCCUUUUCCUCACCACCCUGGUUGGAGACGAAAGAAUUUUGUCUAUAUAUUUCAUACACUAGGUCAAUAUUUCCAAAUAAUGGGAAGAUCUACGGCAACCAUUUCCGUAAACACAGCCAACGUGAGUCUUGGCCUACAGCUUAUGGAAGUGACUGUGUACAGGAGAGGUUUCCGGGCGUUUAUUCCAAUUGCAUCUACAAAGGACAUAUAUGAGGUAACAGACCAGAUUCCUAUAUUCGUGAAUGUGUCUCAAAAGAAUAAUCGCAAUGCCUCUGACGAUAUUUUCAUCAAGGAUCUUCCCAUUACAUUUGACGUCCUGGUUCAUGACCCCAGCCACUAUCUUAAUGCUUCUGCUAUCUACUACAAGUGGGACUUUGGAGAUAGCAGUGGUUUAUUUGUUUCCAACAACCCAGUUUCUACUCACACUUACACACUGAAAGGAAACUUCAGCCUUAAUCUGACUGUCCAAGCCGCAGUUCCUGGACCUUGUCAACCAAUUACCCCCAGCUCUCCAACACCCACUCCGACUCCCGGUCAAUUCUCCAAUUCUACCCCUCAAAUGCACUCUGAUGCCAAUCUGUUGGCACGGAAGAAGAGAGAUGUGCUUUAUGAAAAUUGCCAGAUCAACAGAUAUGGACAUUUUCAGGCUGAAAUUACGAUUGUAGAGGGAAUCCUUGAGGUAAAUAUUAUCCAGAUGACAAAUGUCCAGAUGCCAACCGCUCAAGGUGUGAACUCUCUGAUAGACUUUGUGGUUACUUGCCAAGGGAGCACUCCUACAGACGUCUGUACCACGGUUUCCGAUCCUACAUGCCUUUUACCUCAGACUGUGGUGUGUGAUCCUGUGGAAGUAGAUGAUGAAUGUUUACUGACUGUAAGAAGAGCCUUUAAUGAGUCUGGGACAUACUGCAUGAAUAUUGCUUUGGGUGAUGAAGCAAGCCUGGCUCUCGCAAGUACAUUGGUAUCUAUCAGUGGAGGAGCUCCAGUGUCAUCUUCAAGAAUUGUAGAAGGUGUCCUGAUUUCUGUUGGCUUCUUGACGAUGGCUAUUAUCGUCAUAACCCUCUUCGUACACCGAAGGUACAAGGAAUACAAACCAAUCGAAAGAAGUCCUGGAAAAGCGGUCAGUGGCAAAAGGCUGAAUGUUUACUUCAACAACGUGAAGGCAGUGUUUUUCCGUGGAGACAACGAGAAGAAUCCUCUCCUGAAGACUAAAGCUGGAGUUGUUUAAAUCUUCAGGCUAAUCGCUGACUGGACAGCACACAGUGUGUGGGACUUUAUGUUUCAACUCUCCUGGUGUGGAUACAAUUAAAAGAAAGGGGAAUAUUGUGUACACUGCUGAAGGGUCUGUAACGUUUUGGGGGGCGGUAUGUUUAGGAAUAUUAGCCUAAAUGUCCUUUUAAAGAAUUGUAGAGGGGAUUUCUCUAUACCACAUCCACCUCAGUCAUAUAAUUGUCUAAUUAAUAAAACACUUUACAGA